GUCACUAGACAUUGCUGGCACAGCUAUAAAGGCCUCGUGAUCCGUGUUAGGUACAUGAAUUCAGGCAGAGGGAGAAAUGAGCAUUUACCAUGCAACCUGCCAUCUUAAUAGCUACUAUUUUCCUGCCUUGGUGCCUGACUUUCCCGGUGCCCCCAGGUACAGACCUGAAAAGAUUGGACUUUGUUAUGGACAAUUUCCAUCAGUUUUUCCUGCCCAAGAAAGAAUCACCACACCUUACCCAGAGGAAAGAGAUACAGUUCCAGCAGCAGUUCCAUCUGAAUGAGACAGACGUACAAAACAAGCAGAUGCUGGCUAUGCUACACCUGCCUCGCUGUGGAGUAACUGAUGCGGCUACUGACUCUAUCUUCCCCGGAAGCUCCAAAUGGAAUAAGCACACUCUGACCUAUAGGAUUAUCAAUUACCCAAGAGAUAUGAAGCCAGACACAGUGAAAGACAUCAUGCAUGAUGCGGUUUCCGUGUGGAGCAACGUGACCCCCUUAAUCUUCCAGCAAGCAAAGAGUCAAGAUGCGGACAUCAUGCUUUCUUUCUGGGACCUGGCCCAUGGAGAUGAUUGGCCCUUUGAUGGGCCAGGUGGUAUCCUAGGCCAUGCUUUUUUACCAGAUUCUGAAGCUCCAGGAGUUAUCCACUUUGACAAGGGAGAACGUUGGUCAAAUUCAUACAAAGGGUUUAAUCUGUUCCUGGUUGCCAUUCAUGAGCUAGGUCAUUCUCUGGGCCUGCGCCACUCUAGAAGUCAGAACUCUAUCAUGUAUCCUAGCUAUGUGUAUCAGGACCCUAGAACCUUCCACCUCGAUGUUGAUGACAUCCAAAGAAUCCAGCAACUGUAUGGUGUGUGCCUGCUGGAAGGGAGGGGGAUCUCGGCAGGAAGUUUCACUGGGAGUUUACUGUUUUCUUCUGUCCCCAUCAGGAAAAAGAUGUUCAUCUGAUAUGUCCUAGUGCUGGCACAGAAGAAUCAUUCAACCUGGCUUUUCGGUGGCUUCACUGAAGGAUCAAAGAACUCAAAGCACUGAAGCAGCCUUGGGGACUGCUUGAACUAGACUCUAAAGAGUCGAACCUAGGCAGGGCAGCUGAGUCACAACUCAGAACACUUCUGGGUCACAAUACAGAUGGUUUUUAAGAAUAAAAUUUUGUUCUUACAAUUU